GAAGACCAUUCUUUCUGCAGAGCCAUGCCCUUUUGCAUAUUAACGGAAUCCGAUCACUCGCCCAUAUUGUGUCCGUCCAUCUGGAAUGAAAAAGCGGGAGUCUACAGAUCAGUGGACGAGUGCCAGGGUUACCAGAUGUGAUAACCUCCCGUCAGGUAUCCUGAGGAUGGCUCUCCAUGACACGCCCUCUCUCUUUGAUCUCUCGCACCCUGGUAUAUCCAAUACAAUCCAUACUCCAAUAUUACUCUUAUCUUACCUGUCUAUCUCUGGCCAACUAGUCUUGUAUCUCAAGCAGUCAAUAAUACCACGAUGAAUCAAACGGCCGUAUGUUCCAACGGCGACUGUGCUUAUCCUUUUCUGAUUCCCGAUACCACCAUCGAUAUCACCAUCCGUACCAGCUCACGCCCACCUCAUCGAAGUUUGGCUGCCACCUACCACACCGAACUCGAUGGAUAUGAUGGUAUGACUAUUGGAUGUAUCUACGAGGCAGCUCUCCAAGAGCUCGCGCAGGAAUCAGGUUGGCGUCCGGAUGGUUUAUGCCGUAUUGAGAUGUCUAUAAACGGGCAGGAAUGGCAUGCACGAACAACUGCUGAGCUGAACCGGCCUAUCCCUGACUGGGAUAUCAUGGCCCUACGUGAUGCCCAGAAUGCUUUAGCUGCAGCAAGGGAGGACCGGACUGGAGGGAUGUUUCCCCCGGCUCCAGUGGACACUGGAAUACCAGCUCUGCUGACAGGCCAGGCCUUGGUCUUGGUCUGGGUUAGGGAGGUGGACGAGGAGGAUCCUCGGACAGGACUAGUAACUGAUCUCCUGUACUCAUCUUGAACUUCGUUGAUGGUGCGUGCUGGCAUGGGAAAUUUCGCCAAAUAUGUGGAAUAAUCCCGAUGUACAUCUGGAUGCCGGUCGAGAUCUGGAGACAUUUCACCCAGCUCGGUGAUAUCUGUCGACAUGGGAGCAUACCCCGAUUACAUGGAGUUCUGCGGGAGGCGAUCCAUGUACGAUCCGGUUUGGCCCUACUGACACUCUACUCGUAACUGCAAAUUAU